GUGAUAAAACAUUUUCGUAUUGUCGUUUAGUUUUAAUUUCAACCCACAGUAAUAAACAUCGUUUGAACUGAGGAAAGCAAAUUUCGUGUCACCGAUCAGCUAAAGAAAUGGACGAGAAUGGCUAUUUUAUUCUUAACCAAGACUGCAUUUUGGAGAUAAUGAAAUACCUAAUUACCGACUGCGAAGAAUACGACACUUCAAAGCAUUACGAUUUAAUCAGCUUUGUGUUGGCCCAUGAAUUAUUCCUGGAAUUGCUUGCGACGCAUCACAAAAGGCUGUACGAGAUUCUGAAAGAUGAACUUGCUCGCAGGAUUACACAACUGCUCAUAGAUCUGCGCAUCAAUAGGUUAUCAACCCAAAAUAGGGACUUAUUCUGGAGAUCCCAUCUGCAUUCUAUCAAGGACAGAAUAUCUUUCAACGUUGAUCUACAUUUUUACCAUAAUAAAAAAAAAAAAACGGUGUGUCAGGUAAAUGUUGGAAAAACAGGUUAGUAAUAAUUUUAAAACACAGCCAAACCAACAACCUAACUAAUUUUAUUUGAAGGCCCCUCAUCAAAACCGAACAAUAUAAUAUUGAUUGCUAACAUUACCCCAAAAGAAUUAGUGGAUAUUUGCCGCUCGAUACCAAAUUUAAGAAAGUUGUCCUUCGAAAGCACUGUAAUGAUUGGAAACAUUUCAAAGAUCGUUCCUCAUUGCAAAAAUCUUGAAAAGCUAAGCAUUGAACUUAGGCCAGGAAGCGAUGUUGCACAAUUUGCAUCACUGACACAGUUGCCCAAUUUAAAAGCGCUACAUAUCACUGGAUUCCAAAAAAGCGAUUCCCAAUUAACUUUUUUUAAUGAUUUAAAAAGAUUUUACAUACCCAAAAAUCGAGCACCUUUAAGAUUCUCCUUUCGAGAUGAUCUACGUGAGCGGUCUAUUACUUUUGUUGCUCUUGAGUCAUUAAGACAAUUGCACAUAACUGACUUAACUGAAAUCCGUAUAACUCUUGAGGCGGCCUAUGAAUUCAGCGAAUUAACGCAAGAUGGCAGUCCAAUAGAUGAAUCUAUGGUAACCAUAACCUUAGGUGAAAAUGUGAGCAUCAAAUUUGAUAGCUGUAAGGAAGAGCUCGUUUUAAAUAUACGUAAAAACUCGGAUUUGAGCCAAAUGAUUUCUUUAUCAAAGCUGCACAAACUGAGUAGUUUGGUCAUAAAAAAUCGUUCUAGAAAUUUUAUAAAGCACACUUCAAUUGCAGAAUUCCUUCGAUCAUUAGUGCCAAAUGAAUCACUUGCUUUAACAUCAUGCAAGAUAAAUCAUAUAUAUUUGGAUCGAUCAGAGUCCAAAGAACUUGCAAAAAUAAAGUCGCUUCUAUUUUUGAAGUGUAACUUAUCCGAUUGCAGUUCGUUGCAGUUUUUAAACCAAUUAACCAACUUGCAGUACUUGGAAAUCAAUGUCAAUGAAUCACUUGAUACCGAUACAUCAUUGUUUGUUCUCGAUUUGCUAUCUUCAUGUCGGAUCCAAGCUAAAAUAAUUUUCGAAAAUGUUAAUAUUACCUUAAUGAAGCAUGAGGAAAACCUACAUAUUUUUUUAAAAUUCGCCUGUGCAUCCGAUAUAUUGUCUCCCCUGGCAAAACUUAAUGGCGUUACCAGCCUUAAAAUUUCAGGCCGUUCAGGAGACCAAUCCCUAAAUGGAUUCUUUGAAGCAUUCGCCACCAAUAGAAUGAAUACUAUCGAAGAAUUAGAUAUUUCCGAAUUGGGUAACACUUUCUUUAACAGGAUAUCUAAAGUGGCAGAAAUUCAAACCAUUAAAAAACUGUCGUGCCACCUCGUAGAUUUAGCUGGAAUUGAGAAGUUGGCCAACUUGAAUCAACUUGAAGAAUUGAACAUAAAAUCCAAUGCAUUUGGAAACCUGUCUUCGCUUUUUACCAAUCUGGCGACAAAGAAUGUAAUUCAACAUAUAAAAAUACCAAAUGGUAACCUUUCGCCUGAAGAGGUUUUACAAGUUUCCCGGAUAAGAUCCCUGAAAAAAUUAGAGUGCUCCUUUGCCGACUUGCACGAUCAAUAUUCUAUGUCAGAGCUGGCUAACUCUAGAACUAAAGAACUAGUUCUUUAUUAUACUCAUUUCAACCAAAAUCGAAACCAAACUCUAGUGACAAUAUUAACAGCAUUUUCCUCAAAGAGUGUAAUCGAGCUUCAGUACCUUGAAAUUAAAGACAAAACCAUCGACAUUUUAGAAGUCACCUACAUUUCUAAAUUAACAGUUUUAAAAAGUUUGCAAAUUGCGUGUUUUGACUCACUUUGGGCUUUGGCACGCAAUCCAUUGUGUAAUCUUCAGAAAUUGGAAUUCAAUUUUCAUAUUGGCUUUAGGGAAUGUAAAUGUUUGGUUGAACUGGAAGCAUUGGAGUCGUUAAAAUGCUCAAUCCGAGUUGAAAAAGGUACUGAAAUCUUGGCCAAUAUAAAAAGUCUCAAAGAACUGAUUAUCGUUGAGGCAGAAGGUUCGCUGAGUGAAUUUUACCGUCCUUUUGCUCACACAAAUUUGCAAAAGCUGCAUACACCAAUUAUAAGUUCGGAUGAGAUCCAUGAGAUAUCGCAAGUAAAAUCAUUAGCAGAACUAAAUAUUGAUAUUAAAAGAGAAUGUGACAACUUGUCAGAAAUCGGUCAACUAACUGAACUUAAGACACUACGUAUGGCUGAAAUUUACUUGCUCGAAAUAAACUAUGCAAUUAGAGAUACAUUAUUAGCUAGCAAAGAUACUGUGUUGCCGAUUUUUCAAAAGUGUAAAAAACUCGACCACGUGACUCUGGAAUUUAGCGAAGGACUCCUGCUCAGGGGAGUAGGACACAUUUCAGAAGAAAUUUUUAAAAUUGUGCGAUCUAUAAGGGAUCCCGUACUUCGCAGACCAUUGAAACUAUGUAUACAAUCGUACGAACACGUAGAGGACAUUGAAAAUGAAUACUUAAUGGUCUCCAGUGUACAACUCUAUAAUAACAGACAUGAUCGCGACCUUUUUACGGACUGUUGGGGACUAGGAAGAUCCUCAUCGUAUUAUUAUUAAUGUCAAAUUUUAACACAAUCUAAUUAGAAAUAAAUUAAACUGUGGCUCUGGUUUAAAUAGCCUGUUUUUAUUUUAACCUGAGAGGCUUUAAGCAGCCAGGGGCAGCUGUAUGCCAAUUUGGCGAAGUUUGGGAGAGAAUGUGUAAAGUGAGGCGUUAGUCAGCGCCUAGGUAAAUCCAGCUGUCCUGUUUCUUAGCAGGAUACUUGUUACGAACUUUUCCACAAAUCGUAAUCGAAGCUUUUUAUUUUAACUAAUAAAAUUCCUAAAAAAAGUGCGUUUUGUAAGUAAAGCUUUAAAAAUACAUAAGUAAUGUUAUAUUUAGUAACACAUUUUAAAUCUCCCUUCUGUAAUUUUUACUGCCAAGAAAACCUCUAUUAUGUACGAGCCACUUGGUUUAUGUGUGUGAAGAAAAAUGUAUGAAACUUUUGUCAAUAGUUAAAUGUUUUGAAUACUGUGUCCUUACCUUGUUUGGAUUUGCUUUUUAAGCUAAUAUAAAUACAAGUACAAGCUAAUAAAAAUAUAUAUUUGCUGUGUUAUAAUCGAAAUCAAUCGUAUCAAUGGCCUUAGUUUACUAUACUAUAGUAUUUGAUAUACCAAAUAAAAAAAGCUUCCCUUUCUAAACUCCCAUAUACGAUUUUACAUUAUUAUUUUACUUUAUUUUAAUCUUCUUUGCUGCUCUACAUAGUUCGAAAUUUUUAAGCCUGAGUCACUUUAUAUUAUUUCUUUAUGUAUUUACAUGUUUAUAUACUACUUAUCUGAGCUAUAGUACAGUAAAAUACAAAUUCAUCAACUCUUGACCGGAAACAUUUAAUACUAAUAAUACUGUUAGCUUUUAUUAUAUACAAUUUUCAUAAAUCAUUUAAUUUUAUUUAAAACAAUGAAAGAUUUGUACAAAAUUAAAUAUUUAGUACUUAAAAGUUUUUAUUUCAGAAGUUGUACUGUAUUGACCUACUUGGGGAUUUUAUGAACACAUUAUUGUUCAGUCUUGAUUUCGAAGCCAAGUAGUAAACAGAGGUCUGGUUAUUUUCAAAAAAGAAAAAAAUAAAGAUUUUAUUUUGCGAUAAAGUGUAAAGCGAUAUUUCCAUUUCAUCUGUUUAUUUAAGUGAACCUCAUCGACAAGCUAAAGAAAUGGACGAGAAUGGCGCUUGUACUCUCAACUCCGACUGCAUCUUGGAGAUCAUAAAAUACAUAAUUACCGACUGCGAAGCUUAUGACACUUCAAGUUAUAACGAUCUAAUAAACUUUGUGUUGGCCCACGAGUUAUUCCUUGAAUUGCUUGCAACACAUUACAAAACGCUGUACAAUGAACUUGAGGUGGCUGUUGCUUGUAGGAUAAGCAGACUGCUUAUAGAUCUGCGCAUCAAUAAGUUAUCAAGCCAAAACAGGGACCUCUUCUGGAGUUCCCAUCUGCAUUCUAUUAAGAACAGAUUACCAUUUAACGUGGAUUUGAAUUUUCACAAUGAGAUGGUUUGUAACUCAAAUGUUGAAACAAAAGGCCCCUUAUCAUGUUCCGCGAUUAUGAAGCUGAAUGUUAAUAUUACCCCAGAAGCGUUGGGGGAUAUUUGCCGCUCGCUACCAAGUUUAAGAAAGUUGUUCUUCGAAAGCACUGUACUAAUGAACGGAAGCAUUUCGAAGAUCGUUCCUCAUUGCAAAAAUCUUGAAAAGCUAAGCAUUGAACUUAGGCCAGGAAGCGAUGUUGCCCAAUUUGCUCCACUAACACAGUUGCCCAGUUUAAGAACGUUGAAUAUCAGUGGAAUUCACAAAAGCGGUUCUCAAUUGGUAUUUUUUAAUGAUUUAAUAAGAUGGCACAGACCUCAAAAUCUACCACCUUUAAGAUUAUCCAUUCGAGAUGACAUAUGCGAGCGAUAUAUUACUUUUGCUGCUCUUGAGACAUUACUUUACUUGCGCAUACAUGACCAUUCCGAAACUAAAUCGAGUACAUACCAUAUAUCUUUUGAGGCGGAGUAUGAGUUCAACGAAGUAACGCAAGGUGGCAGUACAGAAGAAGAAUCUCUGGUAACCACAACGUUUGGUAACAAUAUGAACAUGGUUUUUAACAGUUGCAGAGAAGAGCUCGUCUUAAUGAUAACAAAAAAUUCAGAUAUUGGCAAAGUGUCUUUUUUAUCAAGGCUACGCAAGCUGAGAAGUUUGGUCAUAAAAAAACUUAAUGGAGGAUUUAUUGAGCAGCAUACUUCAAUUGCAAAAUUCCUUCGAUCAUUAGUACCAAAUGAAUCACUAGCUUUAACAUCAUGCAAGAUUAGUGAUAUAUGUUUAGAUCGAUCAGAGUCUAUAGAACUAGCGAAAAUAAAGUCGCUUCGAUUUUUGAAGUGUUAUUUAUCCGAUUGCUCCUCGUUGCAGUUUUUAAACCAAUUAACCAACCUGCAAUACCUGGAAAUCAAUGUCAAUGAUUCACUUGUUUCCAAUACAUCAUUUUUCGUUCUGAACUUGCUAUCUACAUGUCAGAUGCAUGCUAAAAUAAAUUGUAAAAACUUUGAGAUAACCUUAAGGAAUUAUGAAAAAACCCUUAAUAUUUUUAUGAAAUAUGACUGUCCAGCCGAUAUACUGUCUCCCCUGGCACAACUUAAUGGCGUUACCAGCCUUCAAAUUUCAGGCCAAACGGAGUCCAAGUCCCUAAAUAGAUUUUUAGAAGCAUUCGCCAACAGUAAAAUAAGUUCUAUCGAAGAAUUGGAUAUUUCCAAAUUGAGUAUAUAUGUAAACUCUUUGAAUAGCAUAUCCAAAGUAUUGUCCUACUUCAAAAUUAUUAAGAAACAUCCGCGUCCUCUAAGAGAUUUACAUGGAAUUGACCCACUCGAAGAGUUGAACAUAAACACCAAUGAACUUGGAACUCUCUCUUUGCUUUUUUCCAGUCUGGCGGCAAAGAAUGUAAUUCAAUCUAUAAAAAUAGCAAGUGUGGAGCUUUUGCCUGAAGAGGUUUCAAGGGUUUCCCGAAUAACAUCACUGAAAAAAUUGGAGUGCUCUUUUGCCGAAUUGCAGGAUCAAAAUUCAUUGUCACAGCUAGCUAGCUCUAAAAUUAAAGAUCUAAUUGUUUUCGUAAACCAAAACCAAUCCCUAAUGACAUUACUAACAGCAUUUUCCUCGAAAAAUACAAUCGCGCUUCAGCGCCUUGAAAUUGUAGGCAAAACUCUCGACAUCUCAGAGCAAACCGAAAUUUCAAAAUUAACAGUUCUAAAAAGUUUGAAAAUUUCGAGUAUUCAUUUGGUACCUAGUCCGCUGUGCAAUCUUCAGAAUUUAGAGCUACCUUUUAAUAUUGGCUUCAGUGAAUGUAAAUUGUUGGUUGAACUUGAAACACUGCAGUCAUUAAAAUGCUCAUUGCGCGUUGAAAAGGGAAUAGAAGUUUUGGCAACUAUACAAAGUCUUAAGGAACUAAUCAUUGAUAAAGCUGAUGGUUCGCUAGUUGAAUUUUUCCGAGCUUUUGCUCAUGAAAAUUUGGAAAGUUUGCAAAUACUGCAUAUAAUAAGUUCGGAUGAGAUCCAUGAGCUAUCGCAAAUCAAAUCGUUAGCAGUUCUGAAUAUCAUUAUCAACAGAGAAUGUGACAAUUUGUCAGAAAUAGGCCAACUAACUGAACUUAAGUCUCUACGGAUAGCUGAAGAAAACUGGUUUGGAAUAUGCCAACUAAGUACAGCCGCAAAAGAUACGUUUUUUGCUAGCAAUGAGGCUGACAAAUAUAACUUUUUUGCUAGCAAUGAAGCCGAAAAAGAUACCUUUUUUGCUAGCAAUGAUUGUGUGUUGCAUAUUUUUCGAAAGUGUGAGAAACUCGAUCACGUGACCCUGGAAUUUAACGAAGGAUUCAUGAAACUAGAAAAUAUUUCACAAGAAAUUUAUAAAAUUCUGCGAUCUAAAAGGGAUUCCGAACUUCGCACACCAUUAAAACUUUUUAUACAAUCGUACGAUCAUGUAGAGGACAUUGAAAAUGAAUACUUAAUAGUCUCCAGUAAACAAAUCUAUAAUUACACACAUCCUUACGAAAUUAACACGAACUGUUGGGGAGGAGGAAGUUGCUCAUUGUAUUACUAAUAAUGUCAAUUUUUUAAACACAUUCUAAUUAGAUAGAAAUUAAACUGUGGCUCUGACUGUGGCGUGACCCUUGAAAUAAAUAAAGAUUUCAUGAAUGUACUUACUAAAAAAUGCAAGAGGAGUUAAUAAAAUUCUACAAACUACAAGAGAUACCGUACUUUGGAGACCUUUACAACUUCGUAUUCAAUCCUAUGAUUUUGAGGUAAAUAGUAACAAUAAUAACUCUAUUUUUUCCUAAUAAAAAUAUUUUUCAUGCAGAUAGAGGAUAUUAAUAAUGAAUACUUGAAGGUGUUCUAUUCACAAAGAAGAGAAAAAACCUUUACUUGGGCAGGGUCCCGAAGAUUUUCGAUGAAUUAACACACACAAUAAAUAGAAAAAAAUAUAUAAAAAUAAAGUGAAUUAUUUUAAAAAGAGUUAUAUGCAAAGUUUAGAUGAUUUUUUUCUUAAUAACACUUAUUUUAAAGGGUUAUUAAUAUAAAUAAUACAAACCUGUUGCAAUCCUUUUUCCAAAUUGUUACAAAUGUAAAAAUCUUUCAAUAAACAGAGUGCGGUUAUAAUGUAAUACAAUUUAUUCAAGUUUUCGUUUGGCAAAUUUUGAUGGACCAUUUUUUGCAAACGCGUCUCUCCAGGUUGUUUAGUUGAAUUCUUCCAAAGAAAACGGUCAGCAGCAAUUUUAUUUCUCGAAUUUUAAACCUCUAAAUGGCGUUGUUCUUCGGAUAUGUGUACCUAUUCUUGAAUACUACAAAUAUGAAUAAUAUAUGUAUCUUUAUUAAUCACUUUAUUUUCGCAGCUCCAUUCCUGAGACGUAGUGACGCAUCCUUCUUGAAGCAUCAGUAUCAUCAUGCCAUCUUUAGGGUCGUGAGUCAUCGGGCCUCAGUCAUCUUUGUUAACAUGACUAAUGUCACGUUAGUUUAUUGAAAUUUUAUUCUCUUUGAAUAUACAUUUGGUGGGUGAGGUUUUUAGGUGGCAUUUUCAAUACCGAUAUAGGAAUUCAUGUAAGGGACAAAGCAUCAGAAACCUCACCCGAAAACCUGAUGCUUUUUGUUCGUACGAAAAUAUGUGAAAGGGUUUGAAGUUUUUAGUAUUAUUGGAUAUAGGUGUUCUAUGAAAUCAAAAGAACAAAGUAUAGGGAUGUUCCGCCAGGUUCAAUACAAACAAAAAACUUUUGAUAAAGGAUUUUGCUAAAAUACAUUAUGUUAAAAGUGGAGGAGUUUAAUUCAAAACAAGACAUAAAUAUGAUUAUUUAUUUGAAAUAAUUUCGUGCCAUAGCAUUGUUAAGCAAUACGUACUAAACCCACAUCCAUACAAUAUUUAAUAAUAUUUAAUAUUAUAAAUUAGUCAUAAAAGAAAAUCACUGUGAUAUACAAGCACAGAAAAAAGCUUCGAUAGAAGUAGGACCUAAGAUUAGGAGUCUAAAGGGCAAUAAAUUGUAAAAUUUGGGAUUUUUUGAUGAUUUUUGUUCUGUUUUUUUUUUUUUAAAUUAGCGCAUUGUCAGUUGCUUAUCUUGUGUUGAUUUUAUCAUUUUUAAUUGUCAAUAUCGACAUAGUCACAAAAACAAAAUUUUCCCUGUAGCGUAAAAUGUUAUAUUUUAUUAAAUGGUAUUACACAAAGGUAUGUGUAUAUCAAUGCAAUGCAUGUUUAGUGCACAAUUUUUAGAAACACAAAAGGAGGAAUUGAUUUAGUUGAAAGUCAUUUGUGUUACUAUAUUUUGCGAAUGCAUAAUAAUAUGAUGAACAAAUUUUGAAGAAAAUGUAUUAAUUUUAUUGGGUUUUAUUUUUUUAACUUUUGAAGUGUGUAGGAAAAUUUAAAUUCGUACGAAAUGUUGGUCAUUUUCCUUUUAUAACUUUAUUUGUUGCAUUUAGAGAUUCUUUUCAAAUCGUCUAUGAAAUUUUUAGUAGAAGUAUGUAUAUUUUAUGUAAAAGCAUAAUGAGCGUACAAGUAGAAUAGUAGGAGGGUAGAGAAUUCAGCUACUGGUAUUAAUUAUGGAAUGUGGUAGUAUUCAUUAUAUGAAGUGUACAUAUUCUAUGGGAUAUGCAUAUUUAUAUUCCAAAAUGCUAUCAAAUCAUUUACCAUUUAUUAAGUUAUGAUUGAAAUGAAAGCCCAAGCAUCGGAAUUAUAUCCAAAAAUAUAUUCAACUUGAUUCUUUUCUCCUUUUAAUAACAAGGUUAGGUCUUCAUUGCCACUUGUUUAAUACUUAUAUAUUACAAAAAUUUCGUGCAAACAGGAAAGUUUUUGUGGAUAAACUAUUUUUAAAGGGCAGAAACAGUUAACUACCAGUAUUUUGUUCAUUCAAUAAGUUAUGCCACGUACAUAUAUGAUACUUGUAAGCGGAAACUGAACAUAAACAUUCAUAUUCACAUUCACAUUCAUUCCUGUUAAAUGUUUCUAAUAGUAAAGAGGUCCCAUUUUUUAUAAAGUGGAAAGUUACCCCUGGUGGGCAAAGUGGUUUGUGCAAGUUUUUGGAUAUGAUUUCUACCUCACAUUUUUUAAAAGCAUGUUUCCCAUUUGCAUUUUAAAUAGAACGAAAAAUAGCUAGCACUACUGAAGAAUUUUCAAAAAUACCUUUCAGAGUGACUUCAUAGCUGUUAUUGAGGAUUUAAAAAUCAUACUUGCAAUCUCUUUAAUUAAAGUUAAAUAAAUCCAUUUCGGGGUACUAUAAAUACAUGUGUAAUGAUGCUGCUCAGUUUUUGUUUAUAAAACAAUUCAAUAAAUUGUAUCAUUCGCCUCAGGUGACGCAUUUCAAAAAAAGUAGAAAGGAUGAAAUUUUGUAGUCGUCGUAAUCCAAAUCCAUUGCCAGUUCAGGAAAAACGUUUACCAGCACCGAACUUUUGACCUGAUAGCUCCUAGGUCAUUUCUAGUAGGUUUAUCAACAUUCCUAUUAUUGAAUUGCUUCAUUGUAUUUAUUGUAUUCUUCCAUUUCAAAGUGCCGAAAAUUUUAGCAUAAAUAUAAUUUCUAGUAGAUUUAUCCAUAUUCCUAUUAUAGCAAAGAUCAAAAUAUCAAAUUUUGGAUGCAGUUGAGAAUUCAGUUUUUCCAUCUCAAUGUUUUUUAUUGAUGAAGUAAGAAGAUAAGGGACAUCAAUGUUUGCUUUGAAAAAUCCAUUCAUUUGAGAAAUCUUUAGGAAACGUACGAGCUUCCAAUUUCAAACAUGCAUUUUAUUUGUCAUAAUACGAUAUUUGCCGUUACCGUAAAUUCUUUUUACUGGUGUGAAUCGAUUUGUAUUUUAAAUUGUGAUUUUAUGUUAUGUAUACUUUUAUAUACCUUUGUUUGUACUUUAUUAUACAUUAUUGACUUGAACAGCUUAAUAAAUCAAAAAUGUGCGGGGCAAUUUUUAUUAUUCAAAUUACAAAUUAAAAAAUAUUGUCAAAUUUGAAUAAAAUAAAAACUUCUAU